CUCCCGUUGGUCAGACAGCACUGGGCUCUGAUCCGUCGACGUGCUUCUCUACUUAGCUUAGCGGUGUAUUUCCUGAGAAGACGUAGGCUGCACAGCAACAUAUCAGGGUCCAUCUUGCGAUCACUUUUCCUCCCAACUCCCUUUUCCUGGUUUUGCUUUUUGUUUAACUUUUCUUUUUUUAUAUAAUUUUGGUGAAGCGUUCAAAAGUUGCCAUCCCGAAGCGGCAACCAGUUUUUUGAUGGUCUGGGGUCAGUCUGUACCCACCGUCGGACACAAGCCUUGUAGGUUGAGCAGAUCACAGGAAGAAACAUGAGUAAGGCCAGUGGGAUAAAAGGGCCCAGCAAGAUAGGGAGACCGCCUGGGACAGCAGCCCCUAAGACCAACCCCAGCUCAGCAGGAUCUAAAGUUGCUGCAACCAACAAACCGGCUCCAGACGCCAGUGCAGAAGAUGGUGCCGGGGAGAGCUUCCAGGUUGGAGAGCGAGUCUGGGUUAAUGGGAAUAAGUCAGGCCACAUACAAUUUUUGGGAGAGGCUCAGUUUGCACCAGGGCAGUGGGCAGGGAUCGUUCUGGAUGAGGCAAUUGGGAAGAAUGAUGGCUCAGUGGCAGGGGUGCGCUACUUCCAGUGUGAUGCCCUGCGAGGGAUAUUUACCCGCCCAUCCAAGUUGUCUCGCACAGAGGGGGAGGCUAAUGGAACUCUGACGGCACCCCCCUCCCGCGCUUCUUCACCCACUCCUUCAGUUAGUAGCGUUGCCUCACAUACACCCGCCACAAAAUCAACAUUACCCUCAACUACCACAUCAACCAAGAAGACCUCCUCCACUACGCCAGUGACACCAGCGACACCGGUGACACCAUCUAACCUCACACGCACAAACAGUGAAUCUGUCUCCAACCUCUCUGAGACUGGAUCCGUCAAGAAAGGGGAAAGGGAACUGAAGAUGGGCGACAGAGUAUUGGUCGGUGGUACAAAGGCAGGGGUGGUACGUUUCCUUGGAGAAACCGAUUUUGCCAAAGGCGAGUGGUGCGGUGUGGAAUUGGAUGAGCCUUUAGGAAAGAACGACGGGGCCGUGGCAGGCACAAGAUAUUUUCAGUGCCAACCGAAGUACGGCUUAUUUGCUCCAGUGCACAAAGUCACACGCAUCGGCUUCCCUUCCACCACGCCAGCCAAAGCAAAAACAACGGUUCGGAAAGUAGUGGCCACACCAACUGGGCUGAAGCGCAGCCCGAGUGCCUCCUCUAUCAGUAGCAUGAGUUCUGUGGCGUCCUCUGUCAGCGCCAAGCCCAGCCGCACAGGCCUGCUAACAGAGACAUCAUCACGGUAUAAUCGUAAAAUUUCCGGCACCACCGCCCUGCAGGAGGCGCUGAAGGAGAAGCAGCAGCACAUUGAGCAGCUUAUGAAUGAAAGGGACACGGAGAGAGCUGAAGUCGCCAAGGCAACAGGCCACGCUGGAGAGAUGGCUCAAGAAAUGGGCCUGCUCAGGGACGAUCAGGAGCAGAUGGAGACCAAGAUGGAUCAGUUGAGAGUCUUGGUAGAAGCUGCAGACAAAGAGAAAGUGGAUCUGCUGAAUCAGCUGGAAGAGGAGCGAAGAAAAGUGGAGGACCUUCAGUUCCGCGUGGAGGAAGCGUGCAUCACCAAAGGAGACCUGGAGACGCAGACCAGACUGGAGCAUGCCCACAUUAAGGAGCUUGAACAGAGCCUACUCUUUGAAAAGACCAAAGCUGAGAAACUCCAAAGAGAGUUAGAAGACAAUAGGGUUGCUACUGUGUCAGAAAGAUCCCGUAUUAUGGACCUUGAGAGGGACCUUUCACUACGAAGCCGAGAGGUAGCGGACCUGCAGCUGCGUCUCGGGUCCCAACAGGGCUCUGAAGACUCAAACUCGACCCUUUCUCCCCUUCUGGAAGAGAUAAACUCUCUGAGGGAUCAGCUGACUUCCCAAGAAACAAAGCAGAAAGAAGAACUAGCAAAGUACAAGGAGAAGUUAGAAGCCCAAGAAAAGAGCCACAGUGAGGCAGCCGCCCGGCUUCAGGCUGCGUCUGUCCGGCUCUCUGGUGAACACGAGCAGCUCCAGAUGCGCUUAAGCCAGGCUGAGAAAGAGAACGCUGACAAAAUUGAUCUGUGGCGUUCCAAGUUAGAGUCUUCCAUCGCCUCUCAUCAGCAAGCCAUGGACGAGCUAAAGGUAUCUUUUAGCAAAGGUGCAGGGGCCCAGGCAGAAGAACUUAUUGAAACUAAAAGUGCACUUGAAAGGCUGAAGGUAGAGCACCCGUUGGCUCUAGAGGAGGCUGGUGCCAAACAUGAGGCCGAUGCUGCAGCUUGGACUCGGGAGAAGCAGGCGCUGAAGACAAAGCUGUCGUCUUUGAUUGAUGAUAAGGAGCGACUGGAGGAUUCUCUACGGUCCAGCGUUGAAAGAGUAGAGGAGCAGCACCUGGUGGAGAUGGAGGAUGUUCUUGGAAAACUUCAUGCUGGCGAACUUAGGGUGGGGGAGCUUGAGGAUAAAGAAACCAUGUUGGCACAACAGGCCCAAGACAAGGAUAGAGAAACCAAAGAGCAGAUGUCAGAAAUAGUGGCUCUGCGCAGCCAAGUAGCACAAGGUGACCAGGAACUUGUCACCCUGAAGAGUCAAAUGGAGCUGGUUCAGAACCAAGGGAACAGCCAGGAUUCAAAGGUUAGUGAAUUGAGCUCACAGGUGGAGUGCCGACAGCAGGAAGUCCUCUCUUUAAAGCAGACUCUGACCACUGUACAGCAGGAGAAAGACGCCCUGGCACAGGAGCUUGGAGGCAUGAAACAAAAGAUGGCUGACAGCACAGAGGAUCAGACUAAAUCAUCGAACACUAUGCAAGAAACACUCGAGAAGCUCAGUCAGAAGGAAGAGCAGUGCACUUCUCUGACCACCGAGUCAGAGUCUUUAAGAAGUCAGCUUUCCGGCCUGGAGAGAAAGCUGAAGGCUGCAGAUGAAAAGCUUGAGCAGCUUUCAAAGGACAAAUGCAAGCUGGAAAAUGAUAUUUCAGACAUGAUGAAGACAUCUGGCGAUAGUUCAGUACAGCUGACAAAAAUGAAUGAAGAUCUCAUGCAAAAAGAAAGGAGGCUUGAGGAGUUACAGAGUCAACUGACAGAGGAGAAGGAGAAGGCGGCACACUCAAAUGAACAACUGCAGCGAGAACAGACCCGCAAAGAGCAGGAGCUGAAAGAGACCAGAGACACACAUCAGGCUCAAAUGAGUAGCCGUCAGGACAACAUCACUAACCUGGAGAAGGCUGUAAAACAGAGUGAGACCUUAGUUGAGGAGCUAAAGGAGACGCAAGAGAAAUCCUCCUCUCAGGCUUCAGAGCUCCAUGCAAAGGACCUUGGGGUUCUUCAGAGUCAGGUAGACACGUUGAAGCAGGAGCUCUCCUCAUCCAAGGACAAAACCAAAGAGCUGGAGAAUUUGGUUCCUGAGUUGCAGACUUACAAAGAACAGGCUAAGUGUCUUUCUGCUGAGCUUGACUCCCACAAGCAUGAUGUUGAACAGUUGUCCAAAAAUAUGGAAAAGCAAAAUCUAGAUCUGGAAAAUAGAUGUAAGGAAAGUGAAGAUGUUAAGGCGGAGAAAAGCAAACUGGAGAAACAGCUUUCAGAUGUUCAGACCAAGCUCUCUGCCCUUGAGAUUAGUCACCAGGAGCUUUCAGUCCAGACUGAAGAACUGUUAUUAACCGAGAAAAAGCUCUCAAAACAUCAAGAGGAACUACUUGCCAACAACAAAUCCUCAGCUGAAGAAAGGAAUUCAUUGAACACGGAGUCGAAGAAGCUCAAAGAUCUUCUUCAGGCUGAAAACAAAAAACUGGAGCAUGCUAAAGGUGAACACCAGGCCCAAGUCGAGGAGCUUCAAAGACAACAUGAAGAGAAGAAUGACUUGCUCCUAAAGUAUCAGCAGGACAUCCAGCAAAUUGAGGCUAAAAAUAAGCAACUAAAUGAAGAUUAUGAAAAAGUCUGCAAAGAGAAGAACCGACUUGAAGAUGACCUCAAUGAAAGCAGGUCAAAGCUCACAAGUGAAAAGGACAAUCUCAUUUUAGAAAGAGAUUCUGCUAGAAAUGCCAAAAAGUCUCUUGAUGCUAAGAAUGCUAAGUUGCAGGAAAAACUCAAGUCCUUGAACUUAGAAAAAGAAGAUCUUACGAUGAAGAACACUCAGCUGCAGGCCCUCACAGAAACACUUGAAAAAGACAAAGUAGAGAUGUCUUCUGAAUUCAGUGCUGCCGUUUUGGAAAAACAGAGCCUUGCGACGCUAAAGGAGGAACUCCAGAGUAAGCUCCAUGUUACCAAGAAAGACUUGGAGAGCUCUGUCCGUGAAUGUGAAGAACAUAAAGCCUCCAAAACCAGCCUGGCCCAGAUGCUGGAAGAGUUCAAGACCAACAGUCAGGUGACGGAUUCUGAGAGGCUUCACCUUCUGCAGGAGAAAGAAGAACUGGUUGCAAACCAAAGGAAAGUCUGUAAUGAAAAGGAAGGGCUCCUCAAAGAGAUAGAAGAAUUAAAGGAGAAGCUUCAAGUCUCUACAGAACAACUGUCAAAGUCCAACGAGAAACUUAAAGAAGCAUUAUCAUCGUUUGAGCAAGAGAAGCAAACGUUUCGCCUUCAGAGUUCUGAAAUUGAGAUGUCUCUACAUGUUGUACGGAAAGAAAACAUGAGCCUGGAUUCAGCAUUAGAGCAGCAGAAAAUGGAUUAUGAGCGUUUAGCGGGAGAGAAGGGAGAGUUGGAAGAGAUGCACACUAAAACCCUAUCUGAGAGUAAUGCUCUUUCUCUAGAGCGUGAUAAGCUAGUUAGUGAAAUCCGAACAAAUAGAGACCAGUUGGAUAGUAACUCCAAAACUAAUGAUGCCGUUGUUCACGAGAAGUCUCAUCUAACAACAAUGCUAGAGGAAAGCAAACGGCAAAAAGACCAAAUUGAAGCAGAGAUGAACUCAUUGAAACGAGAAAAGGCUGACUUACAAAAUGAGCUUCAGAAACACAACUCUGAUAUUGAAACUCUUGAAAAUGGCAAAGCUGAACUUAUUCAAGAGCACAGUAAACUAAAGACAGAUUUUGAGAAGGCUAAUUCUGAACUUGUUAAACAGGUUGAUAACCUUUCUAAAGAUAGUCAGGGUCUGAAGUCGUUGCAGGCUGACACCGACAACAAAGUGCAGUCCUUGCAGAAUGAGAAUCAGGGUCUGCUUCAAGAGAUCCAAGAGUUAAAAAGUAAGAUUGAAUCGAUAUCAGGGGCCAAGCUACUUCUUGAGGCCCAGCUACAGACUGAGUCUAGUGAACGCAAUACAACUAAAUCUGACAAGGAGGGUCUCUCCAAACAAAUUGAGGAGCUGAAGAAAACGUUGUCUAUGGUCACAGAUGAAAAUAAAGAGAUGUCUUCUAACCUUAGGAACACUGAUGAGCAAAACAAGUCUUUUGUCAUGGACACGAAGGCAUUGAAAACGCAAUUGAAGCAGCGAGAGCAAGAAAUUAGUCAGUUGACAACAGAUAAAGAACAGCUAUCAUCUAAGCUUGAGGAUAUAGGCAAACAGAUGACCUCGCUGACCACAGAGAAGGAAGAGCUUUUAGCUGCAAAGUGUCAAUUGGAGCAGAACAAUUCUUCUCUCAACACAAGUCAAGAAACCUUGCAUGCAGAACGGUCGAAACUCCUCGGGGAGAUGGAGAAGAUGCACACUAGCCAGAGACAACUAGAGAUUGAUGUCAAGGACCUACAAAUCAAUAAAGAACUUUUGGAUAAACAAUACCAGAGUGCUGUAGCAGAGGUGUCUGCUUGCUCUGUUGUUAAAGAAGAGAUUUCCUCCAGCAUCUCAAAUCUAGCCUCUCAGAAGGAGGCCCUGCUGGUGGAGAGAGAUGAAGCCCAGCAGCAUGUCAGGCAGCUGGAAUCCCAACUAAAAAAUGCCAUUUCUAAGCAGCUUGAGGCUACAGAGGUCUCUGGCACGACCGCUGAGGCUCUAGAACAGCUGACAAAAGAGAAAGCCACUUUGAAGCAGGAGAAGAACGAAGCCCAAUCUUUGCUCGAGGAGCUCCGAGGCUCCACGCAGAAGACGGAGACACAGCUGAAAACAUUGAAGAAAAACAAUUCCAAGUAUCAAGAUGACCUGAAUGUAUCCAAAGAGCAGCUUUGCAUAGAAACUCAGAGGACUGAGAGUCUGUGUAAGGAAAUAGAGGAGCUCAAAGAAGCAGAUUCUGCAAAGACGCAGAAGCUGCAAGAUGAGAAGAACAAGCUGAAUCAGGAGCUCGAGAACAAUCAGAAUCACCAGCGUGAUCUUGAGAAGCUCAAGGAUCAAAACUCAAAACUCAAAAAGCAGUUGAAGCAAAGCCUGCCAAAUAAUGCUUACAGUGAGAGCACCUCGAAGGAGCAGCAUGAAAAGGAGAAGGCUACCCUCCAAAAGUCCAUCAAUAGAAACAGUGCCUUAAUUUCGGAAAAGGACCAGCAGGUGGAAACCCUGAAGAGCGAGCUGGGUGCACUGCGUGGGGAAAGUGCCUCGGUUCAGACUCUCCAGGGGACGAUUGAGGCCUUGGAGCGGGACAAGACUAAGUUACAGGAUCGAGUUCAAAGACUGGAGAAGGACCGGGCGGCAGGUCCUGAAAGCAUCAACAGGUCCUCAGGUGAUGAAGUUUUGGAGCAACUAAGGGACGACAAGCAGAGCGCAGAGGCAGCGAUCGAGUUCCUGAAUUCAGUCAUCGUUGACCUCCAGAAGAAGAAUAAGGAACAGAAGGCAGACUUGGAGACAAUGGCUGCUGCUGCUCUGAAUGGAAAUAAUCCAAGUGAGCUGGAUAACUAUGAUGACCACGAUAAUCAACCCACAAAGAAGAAGCUUCCUCCAAGACUUUUCUGUGACAUCUGCGACUGCUUCGACCUCCACGACACCGAGGACUGUCCCACACAGAUGCAGAUGCCCGACUCUCCUCCACACACCACCUACCACGGCGCUAAGGGCGAGGAUCGGUCAUACUGCAACAUCUGCGAGGUCUUUGGCCACUGGACCGAAUCCUGUAACGAUGACCAGACCUUUUAAGCCUUUUUUUCCACCCUCGUUUCGCACAAUCAGUACAUUUGCACAUCAUGUUAAAUUUACGCUGUGCUUUAUGGGUUUGGGUUUGUACGUGUGCAUUUGUGUGCUUGAUUUUGCAAAGCAUAUCUGUCGUCCUUAAGCGCUCUUAUGGGAGAACGUCCUCCUCAGAAUCCCUUCAUACAAAAAAACCUUCAGAGAUAAUCAUUUACAGCGGUUAACUGUUUGUAUCUGUAAAACAUUUUGAUAUCCUGUGUGUGAGUGAGAAGAUGCUGCAGGGGACGUUUCAUGGUGGGAGAAGCGAUGAUCUUCUCAUCAUUUAAUUUAUCAAUAUCCUAACAUUGUUUGCACAGCUUGUUGGGGGCUACAAUAUAAUAUAGUAUCAUAAGAGGUGUUUAUUUGAAACUGUAAAUUACUUGAUUGAAAAAAUAUCAGUUUGCGCAAAAAAAUUGGUGAGCUAUAGUUUAUUUUUUUAUGCCUGGAAAUAUGAUGUACUCUUUUUAAAGGUUAAAUAGUAUGUGUAGUUUUGUGAAAGGUGAUCACAGGGAGAAACUUUCUCUCUUCCUGGAGAGCAGCGGAGAAACCCAGUGCUGAUGGCUUUAAUGGGAACGUUUUGUAUGGUCUUCAUGAAGGAACUGAAAAGAAGCAGUGAAAGCACUUCAAACUCAGUUCCCGUGAAAUGCCCUUUCCAAAAGGUUUCUUUGCAAUUAAAAGAGCAUUUAUCUACGAAACAAUAAAUACUUUGGUAUUUCUUUUCAAAUGUUUUGAAUAUCUGUAUUAAAAAUAAAUGUAUGUAUAAAUUAAA